UUAGGAAAUAAUUCCGUUAUGGCACAAUAAGGAAGACAAUAACAGAUGCAAGUCUACAACAGAAGAACACCCAAAGCUUUUUUCAAGAUUAAUCUAAAGGAAAACAGAAGCCUGGUCAAAACAAGCAAAGUCAAAAAUGAUGCAGUGAACCCUGCAUCGAUUCUGAAGAUGGUCUGAGCUGAGAGGUUCCCACCUGCCGAUCCCUGUACAAGGUUGCUGUGUCAUUGGACUCCACAGAGAAGAGUACGCAGCUUCCCAAGGCCAUGGAAGACUCUCCCACUUUAUACAUCUCAGAGUUGGGAGAUGAUGACAAUGUAGAGGAGGGGGAGGAGAUGGGGGACAAGGAGCCAGAGGAAACUCACUGCAGUCUUUAUUUAAUGUCCAUGGAAACGGAUGAGCUGGCAGAUUCAAACACAAGUUGCCAAAAACCUGAGGCCAAAGGCUGUGACCUGAAGCUGGAUUUAGGAUCGGUCUCCCAUUCAACAACCCCUGAGCUCCCAGAGGAUCCUGACGAUGACCCUGAUGUAGAGCUCCAGGACUCAUUUCCCUGCCAAUUCUGUGAGAGACAUUUUACCAGCAAGCAAGGCUUAGAACGCCACAUACACAUCCACACCUUAGCCAACCACCACACACACAUAUUUAAGUGUAAGUACUGCAGCAAGUCCUUUGGCUCAAAGAUUGGCCGGCGACGGCAUGAGAGGAGACAUGAAAAUGCAAAGGCAAGGCCUGGAUCUUUAAUAAAGCCUGUGAAGCCUCUUAGUUUGGCCUUACAGAGCGACGGUCCAGAAUGUGGUUCUUCUCCCAGUAGCUCCGGUGCCUCUGUUUUGGCAGAAGGAGAACAGGCAUCUACGUCAGAUGAACAUGGAGAAUUACAGGGUGGUCACACUUGCAAGUAUUGCAAAAAGGUUUUUAGCACGCAUACAAACAUGCGACGACAUCAGCGCAGGAUCCACGAGCGCCACCUCCGGCUCAAAGGUAAGGAAGCCCCACUGUUGCAGGAAGCAAAACAUCCAAAGCUACCCCCUAUUAAAUCUCAACAGGAUACCUCUAACACAAUCCCAGUAGCAGUUCUUGAGAUCAAAAGUGACCAAGAGGAGCAAUAUAUGCUGGAUAUCUCUGGUAACAUCUCUGAGAACCUCAGUUUUUAUAUAGAUGGGAAGAUUGUGUCAACAAGCACUGUCAGCAGCUGUGAGGUAGUUGAAGUGAACUCUGGGUCUUCUACUUUAGUUGGACUGAAUGCUGUGAUUAUUGAUCCUGCCCAGAUCAGUCAGGCUCUUAAAGUAGAGGCUGCUACUCGCACAGGAAAGGGGAUACCUGGUCAACCCUUGACAAAAAGGAGAACUGCCACACCACCUCUUCUACCCCAAAUCAAAACUGAACUAGAGUCAGAAGCUGUUGUGUCCUCCUCUUCUUCAUCAUCACUUGUGUCAUCUUUGAUAGAAAGUCUCAUUCCUCAGAACACCGAGUCUACUAUCCUUCAGAGAGAGAGAACAGUUUAUCUGUCACCUAAGCUGAAACAGCUCUUACAGACGCAAAAUGGCCUCAAACCCACCUUUGCCCUGAUCACAGAAGGCCAGAAGCUGUGUUCACCACUUUCCAUGACUGUCCUCCCAGCAGGAUUGGGGAGGUUUAAAAGAAGGACAGGGUCUCCACCAAACUCACCACAGCAAAGCCCUACGUCGAAUGUUGAAAGCACAACAACAGUUGUGGCCGUUUCUAUUGCUCUCAAUGCCCCAACGUCAGCGAGCCAGUGCAGUUCACCUGCAUGCAGUUUAUCUAGCAAUUAUGAGAGUGAGAUCUCCACCAGUCCACCAGUAGACGAUGCAAUGACAACUCGUGUCUUGCCAGAGGGAUGGUCCCCAAUGAGUGGUGGUAGUUCCUGCAACCAGCAACCUUUGGACCUCUCAAAUGCUGUCAAGAAAAGUGAAGAUGAAGCCCUGGGGGAAGCUGUGUUGGACUUGAGUGUGCACAGAAAGAGUGCAGAUGAUUCAGAAGCAAAGGGAAUUUUUGUUCCACAGCCCCUAAAUAAAAAGAGGAAGCCAAACACCAGCAUGUUGGAGAAGGUGCUGAUGAAUGAGUAUGCAAACCUAGAGGUUGCUGCAGAGCAAGAGUUAAGUAUAUUAGAAAAUCAUGAUGCACCGUUAGUUACAGACAUUGCCAUAGUUACUGAUUCGGAUAUGUCACCUGCUACUGAAGGAGUUGUGUUCGGAUUAACUUUGCCCUCUGCAGCACUUAGUCCAUCCCCUUCCUCUCUAGCUUCAGUCACCAUGCAGUCGAUCUCACCAUGCACCAUAGCACUUGCUUCCCCAUCUCCACAUCCAGUCCUACCAACUGCUCCGUCGCUAAUUACUGUUUUAGCACCACCAACAUCUUCCUCUAGCAGUUCCACAAAUCAACCUAUCCUUCAAGUAUUGGCCCCUAAGAUAUCUCCUAAACCUUUAAUAAUCUGCACUGAAAAUUCAUUGAAUUCAGCUGAGUGUGAGUGGCGAGCUGCUUUGUCAGAUUGGCCUACCUCUAAUUCUGCAAGCCAACUUGCCAUCUCUAAACCCCUUGACCCAACGCUCAAUCUACAAGGGCAUGUGUUUCUCACAGAUCACACUAUAAAUCAAAUAGCUCUAAACACUACCACACUUGAAUCCAACAUUGGAUUUGAAGUGCCAACAUGCUCUCCAGCUUUAACUCUAAAUGAUUCCCUCAUCAACUCCUUUAACAUUAAUAGUAAUACUGUUUUAAUUGAAUGCACAGUCGCUCUUGAAACCCCAGAGAACCUUGUCCCUACCACAAUUGCUUUCCAAGAAAAUAAUGUUGAACCUACAGCACCUGCGCAAAUUGUCAUAAAUCAGCAGCAGCUUCUGUCCUUGCCUCAUGAAACCGUUGACCCUACUAUUUUAGUAUCUUCUUUAGAGCAAUCUGUUACCCUUUCAACCUCGUCUGCAGUCAUAUCUGAAUGUCCAACUCGUCAAGAAUCCAUUUCCUCCCCUGUUCCUGCCAUUAUUAAAGAGGAAUCUAACAAAAAGGAAGUAUCAGAGGACAUGUCUAUCUGCCCCUCUAGAACGGCACCUCCCUCUGUUGAUGGCACAAGUCAAGUGGAAGAAUCCUCAAAUGAGACACUCUCCAAGCUACAAGAGACUUUCACUAAGGACUUCAUGUGCAAUGUAUGUGAUAAGCUUUUUCAUUCAAUGAAGGAACUGGGUCAUCAUGUAAGUGAGCAUUCGGAUGAAUGGCCAUACAAAUGUGAGUUCUGUGUGCUGCUCUUUGGGAAGCCCACGGCAUUGCUUGAGCACAGGUCAACCCUCCAUGGCGUCGGCAAGAGCUAUGUUUGCAGUGCAUGUACAAAGGAAUUUGCUUAUCUUUGCAACCUGAAACAUCAUCAGAAGGAGUUGCACCCUGGUCAGGAAUGCAAAUACACAGAGGAAGAAAAUGGCAAGCUACGACCCCAGAACUACAACAAUGCAACAAAAGUUAGCACAGAGGCUUCGUCCUACUGUGCCAUGGCGGAGUCCAAUAAACCUGUCAUAAAAGAUGAGGGAGAAUUAGAUGAUGCUACUGAGGAACUCUUUACCACAAUAAAGGUAAUGGCUUCUGAGGGAGGCAAAUCAAAAGGCCUGGAUGUUUGCCUUGGCAUCAACCAACACUAUCCCAGUUUUAAGCCGCCUCCGUUUCCCUAUCACAACCGGACACCUGUUGGCUCUAUAGCCUCAGCUACCAACUUCACCACCCACAACAUCCCACAAACCUUCAGCACAGCUAUCCGAUGCACUAAAUGUGGUGAAAGCUUUGAUAACAUGCCAGAGCUGCACAAACACAUUCUUACCUGUGCAAAUGCCAGUGACAAAAGACGCUACACUCCCAAUAAGAACCCCAUCCCUCUUCGUCACUUUGCAAAAGCCCAAAAUGGAGUACUGUCCUCUACUAAUUCAACAAAUGGCCAAAAUGCGCUACACAUGGCAAGUCAAACAAAUCGGCCCAAACUCAAUCAGGAGCCACCUGCCAAGUUGAAGCUUAAUGCGCUCAACAGAAGGAAAAAACAGCUGGUACAGAGGGCCAUUUCACAGAGGAGUAAGUCUACCUCUUUGACAAAGAAAGCCUCUUCUCUAGUGGAUGAGGAGCAAGAGAUCUAUGUCUGUCCACAUUGCAUUAGAGAAUUCACAUACCGCCGCAGCCGAACCAAGCACAUGGCCGUCUGCCCCAGGAAACCUGCUUCCAAAGAGGCCAAGAAAAGAAAAGAUGGUGGUAUCUCUUACACCAAGGAAAAUAACGGCCACCUUCGAAGAGGAGUUCUUCAUUUGGAAGAGAAACGGCAAGGAUCUGACCAUGAACAUAAAAACAGAGCCCAUAGUUCUAGUCCAACAAAGAGGACAGCCAUAUUACCAGCUCAUAAAGUCCUGUCAAACAAAAAAAGUAAAGCCAUCAUUGCAAACGCAAGUGUCCAACCACAGCAAGAGGCACCCAAACUGACUGCACUGUCUCUUGUUCGCCCUUUCAACUCCCCACAACAUCAAGGCAGUAGGAUGCAGCAUGGUGUAAAAGAAAUCCCUUCUAACAUUACAAUGGUGAAAUCCCACCAACAACAACCACAGGAUGAGCACCCCUCCAGUCAGUGUCGUGGAAGGGUGAGUGGACCAGUGACCCGCAGUCUACAGCAGAUUGUCAUCACAGCUUCGGCAAAGAAAGAACCGCUGACCAGUCAGGAGCCACCAAGGGAGCUGCAGGAUCCUUCAAUUUGAGAUUCAUCCAAUGGACUGCUUCAGACAGUGGAAACUUGAGGAUCAUGAUACGAUUGUGGAGGCUUAAUGAAAUAAAAACGAAUGCAAGAAGAGAUGGAGAAUGCAGCAGUGGGUAGGUGCAAUGGACAAUGUAUGGAGGCUUUCAGAGUACAGUUUUGUUGUGCAUUUCUUGUCCUUUUCAUAGAAUGUUUGGAAAAGACUCCUGUGCACUUUGUGAGAAAAUGUACCUGUGAUGGCCACAUGCAUCACAGAAUAUGUAAUCUGAUGAUUAUCUGAAAAAAUUACUUAAUUUAAAAAGCCCAUCCCUAUGAAUAACUAGUGGGGUUCAUGUACUGCAAGUGGCAAUCGUAGGGGCAUGCAGUUAUUCAAUUUUGUUUCAAUUAUCUGUAGGUGUACUGUUAUGUGGCCUUUUUAUUUGGAACCUAAAUGCAUGCAUGCAUGCAUGCUACCAGUUUAUUGUAGUACUAGAUUGCCCCAUUCUCACUCAGUCUGUCAAAUUUUACACCACACUUUUUAGGUUUGAAUGAUCAUCAACAAGUGAAACUCUGGAUGUCUUAAAGGGCUAUAUAGUUUUCCAAAUGUUUAACCUAAUCGUAAUAAAUGUCAUACCUCGAGGAGUUAUGUGGCUGUCUUAGAAUGUUUAUACAAGCUUCACGGAAAGCCCUGUGAAGUAAACAAUGCAUGCAAUGUGAGUAUAAAAACCUAGAGCUGGGCGAUAUCAUUUGAUAAAUUGGAAUGUAUGUUUUAGCGCGAUAUUCCAAAUGCCUGUAUAGCAGGAAUCCGUUUUUUGUUUUUUUCUGAGCGUUUGUCCGCUUUUUCUCAUGUUUACCUUUGCAUUUACACUCUCCAAGCCCAGCCCCCUGCCACUCACAACAACAAAGAUGAGAGAUCACUUCUUCCUCUCUGACAGUGGUUUCAACUACCAUUUGCAUUUUAGGUUUGGUCCAACAGAAUCUGUCAUGGAAACCGAAACACAUUGAAACAUUAUUUUACUGUAAUAGAGGAGAUUAACCUUUUUAAUGAUACCCUUUUUAUGUCUUAACUCCUCAAAUUGCAUGCUGAUUAUUUUUUGGUUGGGGACCCCUGGAGGUCGGGGCGCCCCAGAUAACAUAUGAACACGUCAUAAACAAUGGCAAAAUGUGUAGAAUUGCAGGAAAUUCGCUUUAAUGGUCGACUUUGGGUGCGAAAAACGGUCCAACUCCUCAAUUUUCAAACAGAAAUUGGGUGUGCCUUUGGUGGUUAAUCGACGUGUCAUUCUGGUCAUGCGCGCCGUGACCAACGUAGCAAGUUCGGUAGCUAAGAUAACCACUUGUAGCUAGCCAGUAACUCCUCCAGUAUGUGUUGACGUCAUUUCACUGGAUUUGUUUUUGGACAGAAGCUGUAGAGAUCGGUAAGGAAUGGCACUUCUAUAGCCAAAUAUCUUAUUCAUCCAUAUAUUUCUUUAAAGCAUUAAAUGACCUGGUAUAAUGGUGCAUUGAUCAGUUAUACAGUUUAAAGCCUUUAUUUUAGCGUUUUUGCCCAGUCUACCUUUUAAAGUAACUGUCCAGUGUUUCCAGAUUUCUAUGAAAUAUGAUCUAUAUUUAUUUACAAUACGAGUGAAAUAUUUGACCUUCCAAUUUUUUAAAAUUAUGUUCAAAAGCAGCUUUUCGGUGUUGGAAUGGUGUGGGUGUACCCCAACAACAGAAUGGUGUGGGCAUAUACCAGUCAUUAAAAUGAUUUAUGCGAGUAGACUGCUGACUGAUUGGCCAGCUCAUCCUCCUCAGGAGGAUGACAUCAUCCUCUAUGAGGAAAUGGCAAGCAUUCUUUUAAAUGGUCUGUUUGAGAGACAAUUAUUGCUUUGGCCACAUACAAGUAUAGGAUGAGUCAACAACAUUAUUUGGGUAUGAGUUAACAGAAUAUAAACUUUUAAAAUGAGAUUUUCACU